AUGAUGAAAAUAGUUCAGAAAGUUUUGAUUUUUAUUAUAUUCACAAAAAGUUGUGUUGGAUUUACACCUCCAAAAUUUGAUCCGGAGACUGAUGUCUACUUUUUGUUAAGGAUUCAAAACCGUGAAUUUAGCAAAGAAGAAGCUGUAAAUUUAGCUCAAAAGGAAGGUUUGGAGAAAACUGCAUUUGAUCCAUCCAAACCGAUACUUUUCCAUGUUCAUGGAUUUAUUGAGGAUCGUAAAAAGCCUACACAUCUGCUUUUGGACAAAACAAUUUUGGAGAAAGCAGACAUGAAUCUCUUCUUUGUUGACUGGGGUAAAGGAGCAAAGACAAUCGACUACGGCCUUGCACGUUCAAGAGUUGAUGGAAUUUCCAAAGUCAUCGGUGAAUUUAUUAAUUACAUCAAUGCAAAACAUGGAUUAAGUCCAUCAAAUUCCUGCUGUAUUGGAUUUAGUUUAGGAGCUCAUAUAUGUGGACUAAUUCAUGUUUAUGUAACGGAUGGGAAACUGAACAAAGUUUAUGGUUUAGAUCCAGCCGGUCUACUCUUCGAUGUCAAUGACCCAAGCACAAGAAUCAGCCCCGAUUCAGCUUCAUAUGUCGAAUGUAUCCACACAGGAUUUCCUCUAGGAAUUCGAUCAGCAAUCUGUCAAACAGAUUUCUUUGUAAAUAAAGGAACUUCUCAACCAGGCUGCUCAAAUUUAUUAAACAAGGAUAAUUUUGCAUGUUCACACAAUCGAGCUAUUCAGUUCUUUAUGGAAGCAAUCAAAACACCAAAUUCAUUCUAUGGAAAGCUGUGUAGUUCUCAAGAGAAUGCGAUGCUUGGAAAUUGUGAAGAUGAGCCUGGUGCUUUUAUGGUUGGUAAAGAAAAUCGAGAAAAGCAAUUGACGGGAAUUUAUCAUGUGAUCACGAAUGAAAAGGUCCCUUUUGGACGUGGGAAGGAAUGA